AUGUGCCACAAGUCCGUGGAGGAAGCGGUGCCCGGAAACAUCGUCGCUUUGAAUGUCAAGGGCCUCGAGCAUACCAACGCACCCCGUGCAGGUGAUGUCAUGGUCUCACAAACUGACACCGAGCUGACGGCCACCAAGAAGUUCGAUGCCCAACUCUAUGUCUUGGCGCUGUCCGAGGAAAUCCGCGUGGGUACCUCCCUGACCUGUCUGAUGCGAUGUGGCCGUGCCCAAGGCAAGGUCUCUGCGAUUAAGUGGAAGAUCGCCCCGGGGGAAGGAAGGACCGAGAAUCCCGAGAGCAUUCAGGGCCGAGGUGCGGCUUGCUGCAGCAUUGAGUUGGACACAGCCUUGGUGUGUGAUACCAGGAGUGUGUGCGAACCAACUUCAAGAGUUGCUUUCAUGGCCAACGGUAAGCCGGUGAUGUUCGGAAUGGUCCAGAUGAAGGGCUAG